ACAGACAGCCGGAGCUCCUCACACCCUCACACACACACACUCCACACACACACCCACUCCCUCCUCCAGCCCCACCGCCCCCGCCAUGGCCGCGUCCACCCUGUCCGUCUGCUCCAGCGACCUGAGCUACGGCAGCCGCGUCUGCCUGCCCGGAUCCUCGGACUCCUGCCCCGACCCCUCCUGGCAGGUGGACGACUGCCCGGAGAGCUGCUGCGAGCCCCCGUGCUGCGCCCCCGCCCCCUGCCUGACACUCCUGUGCGGCCCCUCCUCCCCCUGCCAGGGAGACUGCUGCACCCCUGCGUGCUGCAAGCCCGUCUGCUGCACCCCUGCGUGCUGCAAGCCUGUCUGCUGCACCCCUGUGUACUGCAAGCCCGUCUGCUGCACCCCUGUGUGCUGUAAGCCCGUCUGCUGCACCCCUGUCUGCUGCAAGCCCGUCUGCUGCACCCCUGUGUGCUGCAAGCCCGUCUGCUGCACCCCUGUCUGCUACAAGCCCGUCUGCUGCACCCCUGUGUGCUGCGAGGACUCCCCCUGCUCAGCCCCCUCCUGCUGCCAGCCCAGCCCCUGCUGCAGACCCUCCUCCUGCGUGUCCCUGCUCUGCCGCCCCGUGUGCCCCCGCCCUGCCUGCUGCGUGCUCGCCUCGGGCCAGUCCUGCUGCUGAUGGGCACGUCCCCCCACUGCUGCUAGGACUCCCACCCAAAGUAUUCGGAGCCUCGAGCCCAGUCUGGCGUCUCCUUCUGCCCCCAGGUGCCCACCGCAGCAGACAAGGCUGAGCCCUCACUGUCGGGCUGGCCCCCUGGGGCAGCUGCAGCUUCCCGAGGGCCCUGUGUGUCACCUGGUGUCCUCCUCUCUAUCAUAGCCGGAUUGAGGUCACUUUGUCCUGUCCUACGUGAGCGACCUGUUAACCAAUAAAGUCACCGUCAGCCCCCGAAGGCCUCGAAUGCGCGUCUCGGCCAGCAGGGAAGGGCUGCGAUGUUGCACGUGGGGCGGGGCUGCUCUGAGAGGCCUGGAGCCGCGUCUGUCACAACAGCACUGGCGGGCAGGGUGGCCACCCGCACCCCCUGCUGGGCCUCCUGCGCUGGCUGUCCCCCGGCAGCCCCACAAGCCAGCCCACCUGGGAGGCCCCUAGAGCCCUUCACCAGUGAGGGACGGAGGGCCAUCUGUCGGGCCCUGAGCCUUUGCCAGGGACAAAGGAGGCCCGGUUAAAAGAGCUUCCGCCUUGGGGGCAUGCAUGGUGCCAGCCACUCUCCGGUGGCCCUCGGCACAGGGGCGAGCGCGUCCCUCUGUGUGAAGACACCAGGAGCAUGAGUGCUGUGCGUGGUGAUGACGGGAGCCCGUGUCGGUCAGGAUUCUCCAGAGACACAGCCAAUAGGAUGUGUGCGUAAACAUGCGGCGGUUUUGAGGCAUAGGUUCACAUGAGUGUGGGGCCGGCAAGUCCAAAAUCUGCAGGGCAGGCUUCCCAGGGAUGAGCUGAUGUUGGAGCUUGAGCCCAGAGACGGUCUGCUGAUAGACUCCGGCUACCUCUUGGGGGACCUCUGUCUGUGCUCCGAGUCCUUCAACUGAUUGGGUGAGGCCCACCCACCAUAUGACAGAUAAUCUGCUUCACUCAGAGCCGACCGAUGUAAAUACCAGUCUGGGCCUUCACGGCAAUGUUUGUAUGUGUUUGACCAAACAACUGAGCAUGAUGACCUGGCCAAGAUGACACAUAAAAUUAACCAUCUCCCUGGACCAACAGCCCAGGGUCUGGCGUACUGAAAAUGGUGGGUCUCAUUGGGCUGUCCCCUCAGGAUUUCAAGUGUUCAGGCAGGUCGCCUUGUUGUAAGAAACGGGGAGGAGGGAUUCCCACCGGCCCUACAGGCACGGUGCCCAGCAGGCACGUGCCCUGGGCCACGGAUGAUCCCCAGUGAGGAAGGGCCACGUCUGGGAGGCCUCACAAGCCCUCGGGCCACAUUCGAGGGAAACCAUGCCUGGCAACAUUGUAAUGUACCAACCUGCGGUCAGAAGGAAGCAGGUGUCCCUUGGGGAGCGUUUCCUGGCACAAAACAUUGUGACUCCUGGAUGGUUGGCCGGCCAGUCACCCGGGAUCCCUGUGGAUGCCAACAUGCCCCCCCAACUGUGGUGCAGGGCGUGUCCUGUCCCUCGUCCCCGGUCCCCAAGUCGCUCGGUGAACAGCCACACCCACCCACCCAGCAGCCUGGCCUCUCCCUGGGCGCCGCCCCUCCCCUCCUCUGCCCCAUCUCACUGAGCUUCAGCUUCUGGCCCCCACCCCAGCCUCCCUGCCAGGACGGCCCAGGCGCCCGGCCCCGUCCUGCUUCUCCCUGAAGACCCCUCCUCCCCUUCCUCUGCCCUCCCCGGCGGGCGCCUGCCGUUGACUUGUGGUCCCUUCGACCCCCAGAACCGCUCACUCCCGAGUCCCAGUCGGCCAGACUGGCACGUGCCCUGGCGACCGAAGCGACUCUGGGUUCUGCUAAGUGUUGCGGGUCAGAGCAGGGGUGCUUCCCUGGGCUCUGACCCGGGAUGAGAAGAGAGGAAUGGCAUCUUUAGUCUCACCAACCUGUACCCGAAAUCCAGCGCUUCAAGUGGUGGUGAACAGCCAGCAGUCCCGGGAGGAUCAGCAGGGCCCGAGCCUUCGCGGCCGCGGACGUCAGGUGUGCGGGCCUCACGGGGACAGCUGGCCCCACACUCACGGAUGGCCGGGCGGCCGGCACCCACCCCGCAGGACAUCACCUGGGGCUCACUGGAGGAGUGUGCUAAAUCACUCGCUUGUUUUCAAGUUUCAGCGUGCCUUCCUGUAAUCGGUGCCCUUUGAUUUCCGUCAGGUUUUUUCUUUCUUCAUUUAGAACCAGCUGAAGCCUUCUCAAGCUGGCGGGGAGCGGGGGCAGGCACAGAAAGGGUCGGGGCGCCCGGCACCCUCUGGCCGUGAGCAGCUCUCUGUCUGUGGCUCUGACCACCAGCAGGACGGUGGUCAGCCCCGCUCGCCCACGGGUUCCCGGAGGUGAGGCACAGCCCCCGUGACGCCCCGACUCUCAGGAAGGGUUGUGUGUGUGUCCCUGUUGUUUCUGGACCCUUAAUUCUCGAGGGGCCCUUCCCUGUCAGCCACGGUGUCUUUUCAUUUGUCCCUCGUGGUUUUCACGGCGGGUGUGUACAAACCUGACCGGAGAGUCGGAGGGCCCCCGAGGGGGGCGGGCGGCAGGGAAAGCUGCCCAGUGAGCCCCCGACGUGCAGGAGGCGGGCGGUCCCCACUCCGGGUCAGCGGCACCUCAGCGGGAGGCGGGAGGCAGCUGAGUGCGGCACACGGCCAAGCACUCCUCAAGGCCCUGUUGGCUCCUUGGGUCGUGAUGGUACCACCAUCUUUCUGGGCUUAGAUAUGACGAACCGUUUUGAGAGUUUUGUUGUCUAAUAAAAAACAGUAGGUGAAAUGUACUUUGGGUGGUUUUUUUUUAGUUUAUUUAUCUUAGAGAGAGAGAGAGAGAGAGAGAGAGAGAGAGAGAACAUGAGUGGGGGAAGGGCAGAGAAAGGCAGAGAGAGAGAGAAUCCCAAGCAGACUCUGAGCUGUCACCGCAGAGCCCGACUCGGGGCUCAGACCCACAACCCGUGAGCUCAUGACCUGAACCGAAGUUGAGAGUUGGACGCUUAAUUGACUGAGCCCCCCAGGCGCCCUGCCCUGAAAGAUGAGAUGUCCUUCGAAACCGACGGCUGAGCCCUGCCUGCUGUCAUUUUCUUUUUGUUUCUGCUGCUUCUUGUCUUUAAAAUACCCACCAUGGAUGUUUUUCUUCUACUUUCCCUGCUGUUUUGAAAGACACACAUCCUGUUUUCAGUCACACUCGUGAAUGUCUAAGUCUCCCUUCGUAUUUGUGUUUCAACUGGUCAAGUCACGAAUCAAUGAUACGGCGUGAGAAAUUCCUCCUUGAGACGGAAUUGGGUGUUUCUCCCACCAUCUGGCCGCGCCCCACGCCUUUCAGUUUUCUGGGAUCAUCUGAAGGGCCACCGUCUGACAGAAACAUGGUACGAGCCACAUUACAGCCAUCCCAGCAGCCGCAUUUAAAAGUGAAAAAGAGGGGGCGCCUGGGGGGCUCAGUCGGUUAAGCGUCCGACUUCGGCUCAGGUCAUGCGCUCGCGGUCCAUGAGUUUGAGCCCCAUGUCGGGCUGUGUGCUGACAGCUCGGAGCCUGGAGCCUGCUUCCGAUUCUGUGUCUCCCUCUCUCUCUGCCCCUCCCCUGUUCAUGCUCUGUCUCUCCGUGUCUCAAAAUAAACAUAAAAAAAAAAUAAACUUGUAAAAACUCAGCAAUAUGUGUGCAGGGUUGACUCAAAGUGCGUGAUGCUCUUGAAACUCACAAGUUCUUCCAGCCCACAUGCACACGUCUUGUCCAUUCAGCUCCGGGCAGCACACCCUCUGUUACUUCUUUGACUGUUUUUUUUUUUUAACUUUUUUUUAAUGUUUAUUUAUUUUUGAGAGACAGAGAGAGAGAGCAUGAGCAGGAGAGGGGUGGAGAGAGGGCGGGGGGACACAGAAUCCGAAGCAGGUUCCAGGCUCUGAGCUGUCGGCCCAGAGCC